AUGUUCAUCUGCUCCAGAGAAGUUUGCCGGCUUACAAAAACUAUAGAUACGUCUCUGUCUUUAUCGACAAAAGCGGCUGUCUAUGCCGGAAUUAUCUCCACAGAGGUGAGUCUUCAACUUGGUAGGGUCGACCAGAUAACUAAGUAUCAAGGUCAGAUUCCCAUGAUUCCAGUAUCCUGCGGGACUGCCAAUUGCUCGUGGCCUAUCAUACCUACACUAGCCAGCUGUGGCGACUGUGUCAAUGCCGAGAUAUAUACCAAGUGCAACAAAACAGCCAAUACUUGCACCUACACAACUGGCUCUGGGACGUCAAUCGUAAAUUCGAUGGACCCGGGGGAACGAAGCAUAUUCAAGGUCGCACCAACCAACGGGACCGUCCACAAGAUCUCCUCGACUUCCCGGGCUUACUACUCGGUGUUUGACUUUCUCUCUGUAACACAAACAGAAGAGACUGGGUUGCUUCUGGCUGGUUCAGAAUGCGCUCUGUGGUUCUGCGUAGAGGGCCUCAAGAUCUGGGUAGAGGACGGCAAGCAGAACCAAACCCGCGUUGCCAACCACUCCCUUACCUCGUUGACAAUGACCAGUGCCGCCCAUGGGUCAGAGCACGUCUUUAUCAACAUUCCUCCCAGUCUCAACACAGACAAUGCCACAAAAUACGUCGUCACGCGCGAGGCCAUGCUCGCCCUGCGUAACUUCAUGUCGUCCAUCACGAUGGGCACAGUCACCACGACCCUCAACACGCUUGAUUCGUCAUCAGACUGGGUAGAAGCCAUGUGGAACGCCACCACGGGCGAUUUAAAUCAGUGGAUCAACACCUUUGCCGCCAGCCUGACGAACGAAUUCCGGCUUCAUGGAGCGGUGACACAGACGACGAAGAAACGAUACGAUGGAGACGCCACGCAGAUGACGCCAGUGGUGAAGGUGAGGUGGUACUGGCUGAUGUACCCUGCCUUUAUGAUACUACUGAGCAUCUACUUUUUGUUUCACACCGUUCUGGCGUGCUCGAUGGCUGGAGUCAGGGCGUGGAAGGGAGAGGUGCUGCCGCUGUUGUUUUGCAGGGUGGAUGAGGGGUUGUAUGAACGAGGCAGGGCUGGGUUGGAGAUUCCAGGCGGGUUGGAGAAGAGGGUUGCGGGGGAGAAUGUGGCGAUGUACAGGAGUGCGGAGGAUGGCGGGUGGGGGUUUAGGACUGUGGAGCAUGGGGAGUGGGCUGAGGAGGUGAGCGUAGAGGGAGAGAAGAAGUAG